CUCCAGGGCCACAGGAACAACAUCCAAGGGUCCUGAAGGAACUCGCAGAAGAAAUUCCAGAACCACUCGCAAUAAUCUUGGAGAACUCCCGGAGAACGGGAGAAGUCUGACCAGAGUGGAGGAGGCAAAGAGUGUCUCUGUCUUCCAGAAUGGACAAGGGGUGCUCACCAGUGGUUCCUCUUCAUCCUGGAAAGAAGGGAGGAGUGCUGCAGGGCUCUUUUGGGGGUUCUGUCCUGGGCCCAGUGCUGUUCCACACCUUUCUUAUUGACUUGGAUGAAGGUUCAGAGGGCGUGCUUAUCAUGUUUGCAGAUGAGACCAAAUGAGGAAUGAUAGAUAAUACUCCAGAAGACAGGAUCAGAAUUCAAAAUGGCCUUAACAUGUUAGGGAGCUUGUUGAAAACUAAAAAUUGAUUUCAACAAAGAGAAAUGUAGGAAAUACGCAAAGCACAGAUACAGGGUGGGUAACAUGUGGUUCGACAACAGUCCAUGUGAAAGGGAUCUUGGAGUGUUAGUAGACCACAAGUUGGACAUGAGCCAGCAGUGAGAUGCACCAGUUUAAAAGUCUCAGGUGAGAAGAUUUUUUUUCUUUUCCCUCCAGGUCCCAAUUGUCUUUGAGGAGGUGGCUGUCCCUUUCUCCCCGGAGGAGUGGGUUCUCCUGGAUCCUGAUCAGAAAGCCUUGCACAUGCAGAUCAUGGAGGAGAUUCGUGGGAUGGUGGACUCUCUUGCAGGUAACUGGAAGAAGAGCAAUGUGUGCACCAAACACAGGACGCAUUUGGGACACAAUGGGGACCUUCCCAGACACCAGCAAACUCACAGUGAAAAUGGAGAUUCUGCCAGGGAAAGGCCCUACAAAUGCAACGUGUGUGGACAAUGUUUUACGCAAAAUAUGGGACUUAUACUUCACAAGACAGUCAUUGCUGGAAGAAGCCAUUGUAAAUGGAAAAUAUCAGCAAAAUGUAUUGCUGAUUACGAAUCACCACAUUGGAGCCAAGUAGAAAUCUUUCAAGGAACUGACGAUAUCAUAAGCCAGGAGUGUGGGACAUCUUUUCUGCAGAGUUCACACUUGAAACAUGCACCAUUUCACACAGGACAGGAACCAUAUAGAUGCCAGGAGUGUGGGAAAUGUUUUGCUUCCAGUUCACAGUUGAUGAGGCACAAAACGCUUCACACAGGAAAGGAAUGGUACAAGUGCCAGAAGUGUGAGAAAUGUUUUACUCAGACUGCACAACUUAUAGACCACUGGAGAUCCCACACAGGAGAGAAGCCAUACCAAUGCCAGGAGUCUGGGAAAUACUUUGCUUACAGUUCACAUUUGGUGAGCCAUAAAAAACUCCACACAGGAGAGAAAACAUACCAAUGCCAGGAGUGUGGGAAAUGUUUUGCUCGCAGUUCAUACUUGGUGAGGCACAAAAGACUCCACACAGGAGAGAAACCAUAUCAAUGCCAGGAAUGUGGGAAAUGUUUUGCUGACCGUUCAGCCUUGGUGAGCCACAAAAGACUCCACACAGGAGAGAAGCCAUACCAGUGCCAGGAGUGUGGGAAAUGUUUUGCUGACCGCUCAGCCUUUGUGAGCCACAAAAGACUCCACACAGGAGAGAAACCAUACCAAUGCCAGGAGUGUGGGAAAUGUUUUGCUCACCAUUCAGCCUUUGUGAGCCACAAAAGAGUCCACACAGGAGAGAAGCCAUACCAAUGUCAGGAGUGUGGGAAAUGUUUUGCUGGCCUUUCAGCCUUGGUGAGCCACAAAAGACUCCACACAGGAGAGAAACCAUACCAAUGCCAGGAAUGUGGGAUAUGUUUUGCUCAAAGUUCACACUUGGUGAGCCAUAAAACUCUCCACACAGGAGAGAAACCAUACCAAUGCCAGGAGUGUGGGAAAUGUUUUGCUGGCCGUUCAGCCUUGGUGAGCCACAAAAGAGUCCACACAGGAGAGAAACCAUACCAAUGCCAGGAGUGUGGGAAAUGUUUUGCUGACCAGUCAGCCUUGGUUAGCCACAAAAGAGUCCACACAGGAGAGAAACCAUACCAAUGCGAGGAGUGUGGGAAAUGUUUUGCUCACUAUUCAGCCUUGGUGAGGCACAAAAGACUCCACACAGGACAGAAGUCUUAGAAAUGACAGAAGUUUGAGAAAUGUUUUGCUUUCCCCACACCCACUAAAAACUACACAAAGGAUAGAAAGGUUAAAAGAUCCAGAAGUAUGGGAAAUGUUUUAUUUAGACGUCAUCCCAUAACAAGCACUAGAGAAUAUACACAGGCUAAAAACAUACAAAUGCUAAGACAUGUGGGAAAUGUUUUAGUUGAGGUUCUUAACUUUUGAACUAUCACAGACUACAUUCAGGAGAGACAUCAUCCAAAGAGCUGGGACAAAAUUAAUAAAAUGUAAUAAAGUGGCAGAUGAAAUGGCUUCCAGUAA